CACAAAAUUCUCCCCUCCCCUCCCUCGAGCUCACGGCCUUCCUCCUGUUUCCGAUUUCUGGCCGGAACCGGAAGUUUAGUGGGCGGGGCCCGGCGGCGGAAAACGCAGCGGAGCCGGAGCCGGGACUCGGCUGUGGCCGCUGCUUCUGUCCCCGCCACGCAUCGCCGUGGCUCCAGGGUGAAGGUCGGUCCGGAGGCGGGUGGGCGCGUGUCUCCCCCGGAGUGUCCGGGCGGCAGCCUUCCCUGGCCCCCCGGGCUCCGCGAGGGAUCAUGUCUACAGCCUCUGCCGCUUCCUCCUCCUCCUCGUCUUCGGCCGGUGAGAUGAUCGAAGCCCCCUCCCAAGUCCUCAACUUUGAAGAGAUCGACUACAAGGAGAUCGAGGUGGAAGAGGUUGUUGGAAGAGGAGCCUUUGGAGUAGUUUGCAAAGCUAAGUGGAGAGCAAAAGAUGUUGCUAUUAAACAAAUAGAAAGUGAAUCUGAGAGGAAAGCUUUUAUUGUAGAGCUUCGGCAGUUAUCCCGUGUGAACCAUCCUAAUAUUGUAAAGCUAUAUGGCGCCUGCUUGAAUCCAGUGUGUCUGGUGAUGGAAUAUGCUGAAGGGGGCUCUUUAUAUAAUGUGUUGCAUGGGGCUGAACCACUGCCGUAUUACACUGCUGCCCAUGCCAUGAGUUGGUGUUUACAGUGUUCCCAAGGAGUGGCCUAUCUUCACAGCAUGCAACCCAAAGCUCUAAUUCACAGGGACCUGAAACCACCAAACUUGCUGCUGGUUGCAGGAGGGACAGUUUUAAAAAUCUGUGAUUUUGGUACAGCCUGUGACAUUCAGACACACAUGACCAAUAACAAGGGGAGUGCUGCUUGGAUGGCACCUGAAGUUUUUGAAGGUAGCAAUUACAGUGAAAAAUGUGACGUCUUCAGCUGGGGUAUUAUCCUUUGGGAAGUGAUAACGCGUCGGAAACCCUUUGAUGAGAUUGGUGGCCCAGCUUUCCGUAUCAUGUGGGCUGUUCAUAAUGGUACUCGACCGCCACUGAUCAAAAAUUUACCUAAGCCCAUUGAGAGCCUGAUGACUCGUUGUUGGUCUAAAGAUCCUUCUCAGCGUCCUUCAAUGGAGGAAAUUGUGAAAAUAAUGACUCACUUGAUGCGGUACUUUCCAGGAGCAGAUGAGCCGUUACAAUAUCCUUGUCAAUAUUCAGAUGAAGGACAGAGCAACUCUGCCACCAGUACAGGCUCAUUCAUGGACAUCGCUUCUACAAAUACCAGUAAUAAAAGUGACACUAAUAUGGAGCAAGUUCCUGCCACAAAUGAUACUAUUAAACGCUUAGAAUCAAAAUUGUUGAAAAAUCAGGCAAAGCAACAGAGUGAAUCUGGACGUUUAAGCUUGGGAGCGUCCCGUGGGAGCAGCGUAGAGAGUUUGCCCCCAACCUCCGAGGGCAAGAGGAUGAGUGCUGACAUGUCUGAAAUAGAAGCCAGGAUUGCUGCGACCGCAGCCUAUUCCAAGCCUAAACGGGGCCACCGUAAAACUGCUUCAUUUGGCAACAUUCUGGAGAUGGCAGCAUAUGUCCCUGAGAUCAUCUUAUCAGGCAACGGACAGCCAAGACGUAGAUCCAUCCAAGACUUGACUGUUACUGGAACAGAACCUGGUCAGGUGAGCAGCAGGUCCUCCAGUCCUAGCAUCAGAAUGAUCACUACCUCAGGACCAACCUCAGAAAAGCCAGCUCGAAGUCAUCCCUGGACCCCUGAUGAUUCCACAGAUACCAAUGGAUCAGAUAACUCCAUCCCAAUGGCCUAUCUUACACUGGAUCACCAACUGCAGCCUUUAGCACCAUGCCCAAACUCCAAAGAAUCUAUGGCAGUGUUUGAACAGCACUGUAAAAUGGCACAAGAAUAUAUGAAAGUUCAAACAGAAAUUGCAUUGUUAUUGCAGAGAAAGCAAGAACUAGUUGCAGAACUGGACCAGGAUGAAAAGGACCAGCAAAAUACAUCUCGUCUGGUACAGGAACAUAAAAAGCUUUUAGAUGAAAACAAAAGCCUUUCUACUUACUACCAGCAAUGCAAAAAACAACUAGAGGUCAUCAGAAGUCAGCAGCAAAAACGACAGGGCACUUCAUGAUUCUCUGGGACCUUACAUUUUGAAAUAUGCAAAGAAAGACUUUUUUUUUUAAGGAAAGAAAAACCCUUAUAAUGACAAUUCAUGAGUGUUAGCUUUUUGGCGUUUUCUGAAUGCCAACUGCCUAUAUUUGCUGCAUUUGUUUCAUCGUUCAUUUUCCUUUUCUCAUGGUGGACAUGCAAUUCACCUGUCUCCUUGCAUAACAUGGGGGCACCUGUGACUUGAAUAAGCAGCAGUUCUCAACUUCAGAUCAGAUGCAGUGAACCGCGGCUGUAUAUGCAUGCUCAUUGUGUGAAGGCUAGCCUAACAAAAACGGGGUAUCAGACUAGCUGCUAUGUGCAAACAUCGUCUUUUGUUUCGAGGUGGAACCUCAAGAAUGAUUUUGUUCUUGUAUCUCAUCUCAAAAAACAAUUUUUUUUCCAAAAUAUGGUAUAUACCAAGUUAAAGACAGGGUAUUAUAAAUCUAGAAUAAUUGGUGGUACAUUAUAGAAAUGCAGAACCUUUAGGGAUAGUUCAAAGUGAGGGCUUUAAUGCCAGCAUCCUUGGAUCAGUACUGAAGUUAGUUCCAUCCAUAAGAUAUUUAAAGGUAAGUGGCGGCUGCUGUAUUUAAUAAAAGCAUAUUUCAUUAGACUAAAAUUUGACUAUGAUACAUUGAACAAAAUGGAACCUUUUUUUUUUAAGGUAUAAAGAUUUUUAAUUCUGUGAUUGCGUGUAUAUGUGUUGAAACUGUAAAGCUUUUAUGAUUCUAAUAUUAAUAUCUCUUAAAUGAAAUUAAAAGGUAAAUGAACACAAUCCAGCUUAAAUGAUCAUUCCUUCCUGCAAUGAUUAUUGGAUUGUUUUCCAUAUAUUUGAAAAACUGAAGAGAAAUAAUGGAAAAUGGAAAUAAUUGCUCCAGCUAAUAGGCUUGGGCUUAGUUUUCUUUUAAAAUACCAAAUAAAAAACCUGGCAGAUCAGGAGAAGUUAGUAAGGAAGUUAAAGAAGUAAAUAUAAAUUCAUCAAGUAUCUUAUUUAUCAGUAGUGGAAUAAUUGAUUUUCCUUACAAGCCCAUCCUAGAAUGUCUGCUGCCUUUCAACACUUUUAAGGGAAUUUCAACUCUUAUAAAGAGAAAAUUUAUAUUGUUAACAGUAACUUUGCUACCAACUUUGAAAAUAAAAGUAAUAAUAAAACUUCGUUGAAAUAAUAGACUAUAUAAGCUCUAUUUUUUCAGUUGGUAUUAAAAUAAAUUACAUUUUGAUACCAGUGCAAGGUAUCUUUUAAAUAAGGAUGUCAUCAACCUCAUUUUUAUAGCAUUAAUGUUUUAUGAAGAGAAAAUUAAAGAUGAAAGUGUAAUUGCUGUGAUUAUUAGAAGUAUAUCAUGAUUGUAUUGUAGUUUUGCUCUAUUUCAGAUAAGCAAGUUGAUCUAAGAAGUUAUCAAAACUAUUCUUAAAAAUGCUAAAGCAGGUAACUUUUUCUUCCAUUAUUUUUCGCUCUUCCCGCUAAGUUUUAUAAUGUAUUCCUUGUGUAUACGAGCAAUAAAGGUAAAGGGCAGUUUGUACUAAACUGUGUCAUUUUUAGCUUGUUCAAAAUCUAUAAUUAGAAAGUUUCUGGUAAAUAAAUGUCCACAAUCACUUCAUUUAAAUAAAAGAAGGAUUAUCAUUCCCAAAUAAUUUGAUUACCUAGCUGAAAGUGAUAUUAGGCUCAUCAUAUUAAUAGUAAGAUAAAAUUGGCACAGAAAAUAACUGUAGACUGAGGAAAAGUGGAACUCAUUCAUAGCAUUGCUGCUUGUAUAUACAUCUGUCACUCCACCAAAAGGGACCUAGUCAGUGUUCAGAGACUUUUCUAAUUAUCUCAGAGCAUGAGAUAGCCAAGCGUGGAUGCUAAGGCUUGACUUUUCCAUUAGGAUUUAGCGUUACAGAUUUCAGAGUUUAUUUCUAGUCACUAAUGUGUUUUUGCUAUACAUUACAUACUUAAAGGGAAAUUUUAUUAUUAUUAUUAUUACUACAUGCAAUCACUUCAUAAAAAUAUCCAAAUAGGUAAAUGGAAGAAAAUAGUAGUUUAAGUCAUGGCGCCCAGUGCAGAAAAGGCUGUUGAACACUUGCUUGUUUGUUUACAGUAAGUUCCUGGGCAUUCUCGGUACUAUAAUUGUCCUGGACGCUGAGUGUAGUUCAGCCUUACUUGAUUUUUAAGUAGUUGUGUUGCCAAGCUCAUACUUUUUAAGUCCUGAGUCUCCUUGAUGAUGGGAGAAAGGAUAGCAGGGAUGAUCAGAAUCCACAGCCAGUUUCAUCAGUGUCCUCACCCAUCAAACCUUCAAACAGAGGUGUUUACAAGGAGCCAAAUUUUUCAUUAAUUCUGGUUUUACCAUUUAUUCUAACCCUCUGCUUUUUUGGGUGAAAAGAGCAAACAGACGAGCAAGUGGCUAAAGGGCCCCAGUCUAAGAAAUUCACAAACGAUCCCUGAACAAGCCCUAAUGCGAGUUAUUCUUGCCACCAGGGAAGGAAAACAAAGCUUUUAUCUAAUCUAGAGGGAAAUACUCCUCAACAGUAAAAAUAGCUUUUUUGAGUCAAUUAAAAAUCAGUUAAGAAUAUUUACCUUAUAGCAACACAGCAUAUUGAAGAGAUGUGUUUAAAAGUUGUUUACAAACGUUUGAGUAUUUUUGCUGAACUGUUUUAGAGUAUUGAAUGUCUUUUUUUUUCUCCAAGCUUUUUUCAUGUUCGUGGUUUCAGUUUCAGCUCCUCCCUGUAGCCAGAGAUCGCAGGCCUUGCCUGCGAAAUUUUGUUUCUUUGUGUAAGUGUGUGUGGUUUUCAGCAGUCAGCUCCUCUCUUCAAAUGCUAGGAAGUUCUACUUCUACUUCUGUCAUUCAGAACAUUUUAUGUAAAAAUGAUGUAAUGCAGAAAUUCUUGUGCAUACUGUAUAAUUGAAGGAAGCUUUUUAGAUUUAUUUUUGUUUGUAAUAAAAUUCAGAUUGUUAUUCUAAACUUA